AUGAAGCGCAGAGCGGACGACAACCAGGCCAAUGGCAAUGGCAGCAACAAGAGACCCGCCACUGAGCAGUCUGCCAUCGAAAAAUUCCGCAGCGGUCUUUUUGACCCGAAAAGUGUCAAAAGUUAUGCCAAUGAAUAUGUCGAAUCGGGACCAUAUAAGCAUGCUGUCAUUCACGAACUGAUGAACGACAGUCUACUCCGUGAUGUUCGCAAUGAGAUUGUCGAGAACAUUGAAUUUACACCAAAGGAGACCGACAUCUACAAGAUCCACCAAUCUGGCGACUUGGCGAAUCUGGAUGGUCUUCCUGCUUCGGCGCUGGAGAAACUGCCGUCGUUAUUGAAGCUGAGGGAUGCGCUAUACAGCUACGACUUUCGGCAAUGGGUCUCGAUGGUCUCUGGAGCUGGUGCAUUGUCCGGCAAGAAGACCGAUAUGGCUGUCAAUGUUUAUGUCCCUGGAUGCCAUCUCCUCUGCCAUGACGAUGUGAUCGGCAGUCGACGAGUCAGCUACAUUCUGUACCUUACGAAUCCCGAUAAGCCCUGGAAAGCAGAAUGGGGAGGUGCGCUUCGUCUCUACCCGACAGACGAGAUCAAGGACCAAGAAGGCAAAACCUUCAAGCUCCCACAAUCAAUGUGGACGAAGGUCAUCCCUCCCGCCUGGAACCAGCUCUCGUUCUUCGCGGUACAACCUGGCGAGAGCUUCCACGAUGUCGAAGAGGUGUACCAUCGUGGCGCUGGCGCUAGUGAAGACGACGGAGGUCGUGUACGUAUGGCAAUCAGCGGCUGGUUCCACAUUCCGCAAGAAGGCGAAGAAGCGUUCGAACCAGGACUUGAGGAACGACUUGCCGAGAAGAGCUCACUCCAGCAACUUCAAGGCAAAGCCGAUGAGUUUGACGAGCCACAACAUGAAUGGCAUGACCCUAGCCACGGCAACAAAACAUCAGAAGGCGAAGACGACGAGCUCACCGAAUCGGAACUCGAUCAUCUCAUCAAAUUCAUGACUCCCAACUACCUCACCCCUGAGACCGUCGAAGAACUUAAUGAACUCUUCUCCGAAGAAUCAGUCCUGCAACUGACCGACUUCCUCAGUCCGAAAUUCUCCACUGCCCUCCGCACAGCGUUAGAAUCCCAUUCCGAAGACGCCAUCGCCUUCAAAACUUCCCGUCCGCCUCACAAACACCGCUACCAAUACCUGCACGCCUCUACCACAUCUCCACCAGACCCGGACUCGCCUCUAAAACAACUCCUGAAUGAGCUCUUACCGAGCUUAGCAUUCCGCAAAUGGCUCUCCCUCGUGACAGGUCUCUCCCUGAAACGCUGCUCAAUCCUCGCACGCCGCUUCCGUCAAGGUCUCGAUUACCAACUCGCGCAAGGCUACGAAGGUGAGGAACCACAGCUAGAGUUCACACUCUGCAUCACACCAUCUUCUGGCUGGGCUCCCGAUGAAGAACCGCAAGCUGAAGGCGGCGCAUCAAACGACGCUAAGCCCACUGCCAGCGCGGAAGAAGAUAACGUCGGCGGCUACGAACUCUACAUGGCCGGCGAUGAUGAAGAAGACGACGAAGGGUCUGACGACGGCGUCACAAUCCCAGCCAACGUUCAGUCUCAUACUGGAGCAGGACAGAGAAGAUCAGCGAAGAAGAGGGAAGCGGACCCCGCGGUGUAUCAGGCCGCCGCAGAUGACGAGGAUGAUGGAAUCCUGUUCAGCAACCCUGCAGGAUGGAAUACGAUGAGUAUUGUGUUGAGAGACAAAGGCACACUCAAGUUUGUGAAGUACGUGAGUCAAAAAGCGCCGGGAGCGAGGAUGGAUGUGACGGGAAGCUACGAAGUAGAGCCGGAGGAUGAUGAUGAUGAAGAGGAUGAAGAGUAG